GCGGGACGGCUUCGAAAGCUCGACGUCUGCACCUUUGCUUGCAACCACCACCAUCUCGUCUCCUCGUUCUUGCUCUUGACCAUGGCUCGUCAAUCCCGCUCUUCUCGUCCUGCUCCUCGCUCCGCGCCCGCGGCUGCACCUCCUCAAAGCCGAGGCGCACACACCGCCGCGGCGCCCUACUCUGGUGCACAGGCUCCGCCAGCGCACCACGCGCCGACCGUCCCGCCCCAGGCGCAGACUCGGGAGCCGGGCAUGUUUGCGCAGAUGGCGGCGACCGCAGGUUCCGUCGCGGUAGGCUCGACCAUCGGCCACGGCAUCUCGAACAUGCUGUUCGGUGGCUCCUCGCAUGCUGCACCUGCUCCUGAGGCGCAGGCUCCCCCAGUCCAGCAGCAGACUUACCAGAACCAGGGACUGAGUUGUGAGGUCCAGGCGAAGGACUUCACGAAGUGCUUGGAGAAGGCGGAUCUGCCUUCGUGCACAUGGUACUUGGAGCAACUCAAGGCGUGCCAGGCUGCCGCUGCUCCUUACUAGAAGGAGAUGUUGCUACUGUGCUUUCUAUGAGCAAUUCGUCGCACCCAAUGUUAUCUACGUCCUCGCAAUUGGGCAAAUUACAGUGGUCCACUCUUCGCUCAUUUUUUCGUCCUCUUGAUUGACCGUGCGACGCGUCUCUUGGUUCUAAGUAUAUGUAUCAACGCUAGGGCAAUUUUAAUGGUCCGCCAUGUCAGUCCUUGGCUGUUGCGAUGAGCAUGUCACUUCGUGCGUCACCUCAGCACAGACAGAGCUUCAUGGACAACAUUCUGAUGGCAACGAAAGGCUCUCACCACUGGACCGUAGUCCAGUUCCUCGUAACAGUACGAACAGAACCAUUUCCUCACUACCGGAUAUGCCUUGCCUAUUGUCCUUCCCGGCGGUAUCGCAAGCGCUUAU